AUGGCCGACACAAAUGUCGCUCCGUCGCAAUUACCGGAUCAUACGCCGCUGAUGGUGCACACCGUGAGGGGUGUGAUCGGGACGUGUGCUGUUCUCGCAUUGGUGGUCUGCUGCCUGAGGCUCUAUGUUCGCAGAUGUGUUAUACGUGCUUUUGGACUGGAUGACUACUUGGUUCUCCUUGCCCUGGUAAUGGUUCUAGCUUUCGCGGCGCUAUCACUUAUCUUGACCCGGUAUGCAAUCGGGUACCACCAGAAUACUGUUCCCGCCGCAAACAUGAUCAUAAUGGCAAAGUACGUUUACGUUCUCUUUUGCCUGUAUCUCUGGGUCGCCUUGGCAGUCAAAUGCAGCCUGACCAUCUUCAUCAUGCGCAUCUUCCCCACGCCAAAGAUCCGCCGCAUUGGACUGAUGAUAAUGGCACUCAUGACCAUUGUGACCGUGUCCGGCGAGCUGCCUUUGAUCCUACAGUGCUGGCCCGUCCGGGCAACCUGGGACAAGACGCUCCCGGACUACAAAUGCUUCUCCGAUGCCGUGCUGGAGAACCUCCAGCUCUACCAAGCCAUCCUGAUGCCCCUGUUCGACCUGAUGAUCAUCGGCCUCCCAAUGCCAACAAUCUGGAGGCUGCAGAUGCCCAUCCAGCGCCGUCUGUUCAUUAUUGGGAUCCUCUGUCUCGGACUCGUCGCAUGCGCCGCCGGUCUCGCACGUAUCCCACUUCUGGGGUUUCAAGAGAACUCCACAGACUAUACUUACGUCGGCGCCGUCCCACUCAUCCUCAUGAACCUCGAGUACGCACUGGGCGUGAUCACCGGAUCACUGCCUUCGCUCCGCGUCUUAGUCCGAUUCAUACCCGGCCUCAACAGCAGCAAGAGAAGCACGUAUCCAACUCAGGAAUGGGAUCUGAGUGAGCAGGCCGAGUGUCGACUCGAGGGCCGACCGCGAUGGAUGCAUCCAUUACGAGGCUGCGACGCGAAGAGCAUCGAGAGCGAGAGUCAGCAGCAUAUCUUGGAGGUACAGAAAAGUCCUCGCCCCCUGGAAACUGCGGAUUGCGGGUGA